AUGUGCUACGUUCUACGGUUUAUUCGAAAUUGCAAACGGCCAAAGUCUAAUCGUGUGAAGCAAGUACAUCUUUCCAUCGAAGAACUACGUCAAGCAUCCGAAGCAAUCGUCAAGGCGAUUCAACAAGCACAUCUUGGGGACGAAAUUAAGCGAGUGAUUUCCAACCAAACAUGCAAGCGUCUUGGUAACCUGCGUCCAGUAACUUUGCAUAUGGAGCAUCUUCACGUCGGCCAGGCCGGUUUGAUCAGCAUCAUUCGUCAAAGGUACUGGCUUUUAAAUGCUAAAUCAACUGUGCGACAAGUAACACAAUCGUGCGUUACAUGUUUUCGAACAAAACCCGUUGAAACCAAACAGCUAAUGGGAAAUCUCCCUACCUCGAGAAUUGUGCCAUCACCACCGUUCGCAGUUACUGGCGUCGAUUAUGCCGGUCCAUUCAUGGUGAGGCAAGGUUCUUAUCGUCCGAAGCUUGUUAAGUCCUACGUCGCAGUUGACGUAUGUAUGGCGACAAAGGCUGUACAUUUAGAGAUUGUGUCCGACUUAACAACGGAUGCCUUCUUGGCGUCUUUGAAACGGUUCAUUAGUCGGAGAGGAAUGGUGCAGCAAAUUCACUCAGACAAUGCGACCAACUUUCAUGGAGCAAGCAACCAACUGCACGAGUUGUACCGACAGUUUCAGAAUCAACAAGAGGUGAAGAAAAUCCAGCAGUUUUGUGAAGUACGCGAGAUACAGUGGCAUUUCAUCCCACCAGACGCAUCAGAGUUCGGUGGUCUCUGGGAAGCGGCGGUCAAGGCGACGAAAACUCACCUGAAGCGAGUCGUAGGGAAUGCAAACCUCACUUACGAAGAAAUGGCAACCAUUCUAGCCGAAAUAGAAGCCAUUUCAAAUUCUCGUCCGUUGUUCAGUUUGUCCAACGAUCCUGCCAAUCCACAGGUUAUAACACCAGCUCAUUACCUCAUAGGUCGACCGUUGUCUGCACCAGCUGAGCCAUCUUUAGAAGACACCAAGGUGAGCCGACUCGAUAGAUGGCAACAUCUCCAGCUCAUGCGUGAGCAUUUUUGGCGAGCGUGGUCAAGGGACUACCUUAAUUCUCUCCAACCACGUAAGAAGAAUACCAGAGCAACGUCGAACGUUCGACCUGGCAUGGUCGUUCUUCUCCACGAUAAGACGCAACCUCCGCUCAGCUGGAAACUGGGCAGAAUCACCGGAGUGUAUCCUGGUGACGACGGCUUAGUGCGAGCCAUUGACGUAUUUUCCAACGGAGCAACAUACCGUCGUCCAAUCAACAAGGUCUUGAUAAUUCCAAUCGAGGACAACAUCUGCUCUGCCCCGGUCUUUUUUGUUGAUACGAAGUUUCAACCCGGGGGGAGAAUGUUCCAUCCGUCACGACAGCAACAAUAAGAACGCGAAUACAUA